AUGGCAACCUCUCCCCUCACCCUCACUGCGGUGGCAGAACAGCUGCUGGAAGCGAGCCGGCUUCUUGAUGCCUACGGCGAGUCCAAGGGCCUCCAUCCAGCCUCUUUUGACACCGAAUCCUGGGUCGACCUGCCCAAUACGGUUGAGAAGCAUCGCAAAACCGUCAUCGAUCUAGCCCAAGACCUGAAGCGGCUUGCUCAGGGGCCUCGAGAUCUGUUGUUUGAGACCUGCAAUACCUUCAACGACCUGGCGAAUCUCCAUGUCAUCUACCACUUCCGGAUCCCGCAAUAUGUGCCGUUGCAAGGAGACAUAUCCUGUGAAGAACUGGCGGUCAAAACGGGUCUAGAUGAAGUGCUGCUCCGGCGCGUACUCCGCCACUCCAUCAUCAACAGGGUGUUUGCGGAGUCAGACCAGGGCCAGGUCAAGCACUCGGCAGCGUCGAGGAUACUUCACAAUGAAGCAGGCUCCAUGGAUGGCAUUGGGUUCUGGCUGGAAGAGCUCUUCCCGGCCGCACCCAAAAUGGUCGAUGCGGUGAAGAAAUACCCGCACUCCGGUGAGCCCAACGAGACAGCAUUCAACCUGGCCUUCAACACCAGCCGACCGUUUUACCUGGAGCUGGAAGCAUCGCCCGAGCGCGCGCGACGGUUUGGCAGUGCCAUGCGCUGGAUGUCGCAAGGGGGCCGGUUUUCUCACGACUACCUGGUCCGGGGCUACGACUGGGCCGCCUUCGACCACGAGAAUGGCCUCCUGGUGGACGUGGGCGGGGGCCACGGGGCCGUCUCGAUCGCGCUGGCGCAGGCAACCACCCAGAUGAAGUUCAUUGUGCAGGACCUGCCCAACACGGCGGAGCAGGGCCGGAAACUCCUGUCGGCUGAGUUACAAGGCCGCGUCUCGUUCAUGGCCCACGACUUCUUCAAUGUUCAGCCCGUCAAAGACGCUGACGUAUACUUCAUGAGGUACAUCCUACACAACUGGUCGGACAAGUACGCUGCGCGGAUUCUCAAGAACCUAGUCCCUUCGCUCAAGGACGGGGCCAGGCUUGUUUGCUGCGAGUUCCUGCCGGGGGACAGAGCCACAACUCGGUGGACUGACAAGCAGCCGCUGUACGUCGCCCGCCUCCAAACAGGGUGGUCGAAGAGGGAGAUGCUGACUUUUGUGUAA